AUGAGAAGAAGAAUGUCAAGCAAGCCAAAGCCUUCACAACCUUUCUUUUUGCUUCUCCUCUUCCUCCUUCAAGCUCUAUGUCUCCUUCGAGCUUCGUUCGCGAGCCCUUGCAACGGCUCGAUAGCUGAGUGCAACACCGAGAAGGAGAUGUUGAUGGAAUCGGAGAUAAGUCGGAGGUUUCUCGAACAACAAAAGAAAUACAUCUCUAUUGGAGCCUUAAAGAAGGAUCGACCUGCUUGCGAUGGUAGUGGCAGAGGCCAACCAUACACCAAAAGCGGAAGCUGCGUUCCACCACCGUCCAAUCCUUACGAUCGAGGCUGCUCUAAGAUAUAUCGUUGUAGGUCUGAUGAUUGA